AUCACGAGAUAAACCCAGCCGGCAUCAGGAUGCGCCCUAAUCCUCUACAACAAGGCGUAUAAACGACUCCAAGCUCUACUCUUUCCUGCCUGCGACGGGUUGCGAUACACCGCUACCAGGCGAGAUGACAGUCACCGUCUCGCCGACUGUUGAUGAAUUCCCGACGUUUGCUCAAACACUGUCAUGGUUACGUACAGGAUCACUCAAGUGCAUUUGGUACCUGCCUGACCCUAAGAAGAGACGAUUGUGUAGCAUCCCCAUAGACCCCGGGGACAAUCAAUGGGCAAAGCAGUCGGCGGAAAGUCUUUCAAAUGCAAGUCCGCAGACGAAGGAAACACUUCAGCUAUUGGCGGAUAUAGCCGCGCAAAGCUGCUGCUAUCGAUGUCAUCGGAACAAGAUCCGCAGGAGUGGCCUCGCAAAGAAGCUGGCGACUCGAUGGCGGAACGAGCUACAACUCACCCUUCCCCUGGGGAAUUGCCUGGUUGCUCAGUGCAUCAACCUAUCAGGUGUGUCAAUCUCGAAUCCCACGACGCCUGAGUACGCCAGCAAGCCUAGCAAUCAAUCUAUAAACCCAUUCGCUGAUGUGCAGAUCAAAUUUGCUAGGCUUGCACUUUCAGACUCGGCUUUUGCACCUUCUCCUACGGACAAGCAAGUCAUCUUCGAAAGGCACCGGGUUUUCGAAGGAGAAACACUGAUGUCAAAAUUGAUGGAACCUAUCGAGAGCGAGAAGAGCAGCAUAGGAUCUUUGUACUUCUACACUCACACGAAGAAUACUUUCUGCGGAAUGAUCAAAAUUGGUUACACUGCCAGUACGAUCGAGUCUCGCAUGGAUUUCUGGGCUGAAUGCGGCCAUGGGUAUCCCGAACUUCUUGACUCCCUUUACCAUGUACGGCAUCCCAAACGAGUCGAAUUAUUGACCCAUUUCGAGUUAUUGGAACAUUGGUAUCGGCAGGGGUGGUGCGAACGUCAUGUUCAAUCCCAUGCUGAAUGGUUCAAGAUUGAUGUAGAGACCGCGAGCUCAGUUGCGCGCCAUUGGGCACAGUGGAUUGAGCGUGCCGAACCUUAUGACAGGCGCGGAUACCUCAAACCUUUCUGGAGAGACACUGUCGAAUUUCUGAAUGAUUACAAGCUUUCGCUCUCAGCUGAAUUGAUAAUGCAAAUCCAGGAAAUCAAGGAAGGAUCGACCAAAGUGCUCGACUUCAUUGACCAUAGCACACUGUGUACGCGACGUGAGCAAGUCGUCAAGCAGCAGAACCUUCGGCCGUCACGCGCCAUCGUCCUAAAAAUCCAGAACGGCCAGACCUGCACCCGAAGGAGAAAUCAGCCACACUAGCCUGGUCGAGGUCACAGAAAGGAGCUUGCGAGACCAAACCCAAACGGACAGCUUGCAAGAUACCGUCGCUCUUCGAUUUGCCACCCUGAAUUUAGGCUGAGAACGAGGUUCGGUCCCAACAAGCUUGCAUGACGAAAAGUCGUUGAGAUAUUACGCAUAUAUAACCACGGAUCCGAGGUACUACAAUGAUGGUCUGGAUG